AACUGAGCACAUGGCCACACCCAUGCUCGCUGCCGUUCUGCUCAGUCGCUCACGCUCCCCGCUCUCUUCCUCUCCUCUCGGUGCGGUGAGGUGGUGAGGUGCUGGGCCGACCGGCUGAGCAGCUAGCUGACUGUACCCGCCGCUACCAUUACCACGCUGCACCGUACCAGAGCAGGGCCUCACGCGGCGCUGUCCCGACCCCGUCGAGGCAAAACCCCUGGCCGUUCCCUCUCGUCCCGUGCCGCCGCCGCCGCCGCCAGCCGCCACCGCCGCCGUGCGCCCAGGCUUCUUUCCUUCUGUGACUUUGCUACAAUGGGUCAUGUUCUAAUCAAAAGAAGGACCACAUUUUCUUGUCAACAUUGAAGAUACAAUCUUUCAUUAUUGCUGGGUAAGUUGGAACAGAGAAGCGCAUAUUCAAGAUGAUGGACACGAGGCGUCACUCUGUGUCUGUGGAUGUCCCACUGUCAAGAACCUUGGUGCAGCUCAAGCGAGUGAGAUCGCUGCGGGAUCCAGCGACGAACUCGAUGAGCAAGUACGCAUCUCCUUCUGAUCACAUGAUCUGGGAGACUGCUUCUAGCAAUGGGGUGACUCUGGACCUUGGCAGGUCAGCACAUCAUCACCUGGUUGAAGAAGACGAAGACGUGGGAGCUGAGCCUACAAUGGGGUCAGAGCGGAGUUUUCGGGGACCAAAUGCAAGGACUGCAUCAUAUAGGAAAUCUUCAGCUGUCAGGAUUAGAGGCUUGAACCCACCAAGAAACAAGCAGGUUCAUCGUGUCCGCCAAGAUGGUCACCGCAAGUCGUUGGAUUCUAACCACUCAAAUCACAGUUCUAUCCGUCAAUUGGCAAACAAUGUGGUCAACAAUGUGGAUGCAGAUAAGGAAGAGGAGGAAGUGAAUUCUUAUGAAAGACCAAAAUUUGCAAUGCCAGAUAAGGCUGAUGAAGAAGUGAAAAUGCCAGACUACUCCAAAUUCAGGAGCAAGUCUUCUGCUGCAAUGAGCCGUGUUGGGAGCCCCUGUAUGUCAGCCAGUGAGGCACGCUCCGUUGGGUCAAGAAGAAGCACUUUAGGGCAUGGAACUGAGGAUACACGACUGAGGUCGAAUGAUGUCGUGGGAUCGAAUUUUAGUGGCUGUGGUAUAAGCUACUGCUGGUCAGGAGCAUCGAAGUACCGAGAACUUUAUUCAGAUAGUGAUGGUCCAGAUCAACCUCUCUUGUCUACAGAUGGGACCGAGGCUGCAUUCCAAGGCAAUGUACCAUACACUGAGACACCGAGGUGUUUAAGCCAGAAAUUCCGCCCUCGUUCUUUCAGUGAAUUGAUCGGCCUAAAUGUUGUUGCCCAGUCCCUCUUAUAUUCCUCUUGCAAAGGAAAAGUUGCUCCAAUGUACUUGUUUCAUGGCCCCCGGGGUACAGGCAAGACAUCCACAGCAAGGAUUUUUGCCGCAGCACUAAAUUGUGUAUCUCUUGAAGAGCAAAGGCCAUGUGGGUUCUGUAAAGAGUGUGUCAUUCUUUUCUCUGGGAAGAGUAGAGAUGUGAAAGAACUUGAUGCAGCGAAAAUGGAUCGUUUAGGUCGAGUAAAGGCACUUCUCAAGAGUGCAUCUCUCGUUCCAUACUCUUCGCGCUUCAAGGUUUUCAUAAUAGAUGAAUGCCAUCUCUUGCAAGAAGAUGCAUGGUCAGCAAUACUGAAGAGUCUUGAUGAGCCAUACCGGCAUACAGUAUACAUUAUGAUUACUUCUGACAUAGAAAGCCUGCCUCGCACUUCCAUCACACAUUGCCAGAAGUUCCAUUUUCCGAAGAUAAAGGUGGCAGAUAUUGUCUACAGGUUGGAGAGAAUCUGUAUAGAAGAAGGAUUGGAAUUUGACCAUGAUGGGUUGUAUUUCAUUGCUGCAAAGUCUAAUGGUUCUCUUAGAGAUUCAGAAAUAAUGCUUGAUCAACUCAGUUUGCUAGGGAAGAAGAUCACAAUUUCUCUUGUGCAUGAACUUGUAGGAUCUGUGUCUGAUGACGAGUUGAUUGAAUUGCUUGAUCUAGCAUUGUCGUCCGACACAACCAAUACUGUAAGACGAGCUCGAGAACUUAUGGGGUCAGCAAUUGAUCCUCUGCAGCUGGUGUCUCAGUUGGCCAACCUUAUUAUGGACAUUCUCUCAGGGCGAUGUCAAUCUGCAGUCACUGAAGUCAGCAAAAGUUUCUUGGGUAGAUAUGCAUUAUCGGAGAUUGGAAUAAAGAAAUUAAGGCAUGCACUGAAGAUACUAUCAGAAACUGAAAAACAAUUAAGGACAUCAAGGAAUCAGGCUACUUGGGUUACAGUUGCGCUUUUGCAGUUUAGCACCAAUGAACCUAACCUUGCUGCUGAACCGAAUGAUAUGCAUGCACAUUCAGUAACUGGAUAUACAGAUGACUGGGUUUCCAAGGUGCACUCAAGUGCCAAUUUUUGUCAGGCAUGUAACAGCAGCAAGUCCAACUGCUCUGAGAGACACUGUAGGCGGCUUAAGCUUGAGAACAUAUGGAGGAGAGCCAUUGGAAAGUGUCGAUCAAGGUCAGCCAAAAGUUUCCUCAGGAAAGAAGGCUUCUUAUCAUCGGUUCAUGUUACUGAAGAGCUGGCCAUAGCAGAAGUUGGUUUUGGACACCCGGAUCACCUAUCAAGAGCAGAGAAAAUGCAAAGCCUCAUAGAAUGCUCUUUACAGCAUGUUCUUGGGUGCAAUGUGGAGAUCAGAUUCAAACUUGUACCCUGUCCAGUCAGAAAAGAUGCUAGGUUGAAGAGACAGUCGUUCAGUUUUCUCAACUGCUCUGGCCGGAAGCAAGAGCUGUCAGAUUCAGUUGUGACUGAUGAAGAUGAAGUUGUGAGGCCUGGAGCAAGAGAGACACCGCUUAAAGGCUACACCUCUAGUCAGCAGGAAUCACCAUAUACCAUGCAACGUGUUGAUUCAAAACCAACAGUCCAUGGUUGUGAGGAUGAUGCUCGGAGUACCUUGACGUCAAACAGAUCCAUGACAGAUGAUCUGACAAGGACGUGCAGGUCAGAGACUAACUACUCAAAGGGUGUAAGUGAGCACGGCCACUUUGAUAGCAUCCAGGAACCGGACCUACAGCCGAAUUGCUUCUCGCGAACACUCAAGCUUCAAAAGAAGCUAUUGUCUUCUGGCGCAGCACACACAAUCUGUUUGAGGAUCCAGCCACAUAACAAGAUGGACUUCCUGCCUAAGAAAGAAUUCGAUACAUACUUCUGCGCAUACGAACCUUACGAGCAGUGUUCAAGAUCAAAUUCAAGAGCUACUUACAGUUCAAGAGAUGAUGACUUGUGGAGCAAGAAUUCACGCUUUGGUUCGAAUCUACUCUGCUGGAGGGCCCCAAAACAAUCCAUGUAACCGAGGAAAGGAUGAGCAUACUAGAUGGAAGACAGCAAUUCUGCUAUGACAUUUGCCAAUUUUGCCCGAAGCUGUAAACAUGAACACCACCUGCGGGGACAAUUUUUCAAGGAAAGUCCAGGAGUGGUCUGUGUUAUUCUUGUUCUGAGAAACUGUUUAGUGAUAUUUUCUUGGUAAUGCAGGUCCUUUAUAAUGCUAGUGGGCAGUUGUACAGCGCGCCAAUGAUGAAACCCUGUGUAUACUGAAUAGUUCUGUUAUUCUGAAUUUUGUAGGGCGAUUUGAUGCUCUCCCCAUUUACAUGAUCUUUUUAUUAGCUGAAUUAUUAA